GUGGUCAAGCUGCUACUGGAGAAAGGGGCAGAUCUGACAGUCGGCGACAAUGAUGGAGUGACCCCGCUCAACUCGGCUUCACUGAAUGGUCAUUUGGAGAUCGUCAAGCUGCUACUGGACAAAGGGGCAGAUCUGACAGUCGGCGACAAUGAUGGAGUGACCCCGCUCAACUCGGCUUCACUGAAUGGUCAUUUGGAGAUCGUCAAGCUGCUACUGGACAAAGGGGCAGAUCUGACAGUCGGCGACAAUGAUGGAUGGACCCCGCUCAACUCGGCUUCAAACAAUGGUCAUUUGGAGCUUGUCAAGCUGCUACUGGAGAAAGGGGCAGAUCUGACAGUCGCCAGCAAUGAUGGAUGGACCCCUCUCAACUCA